AAUUGUACAAGUGCAACAGACUGUGAAAAGUGCAUUGACGAAAACCGCAAGCCGGUUCCAGGGAAGAUGUGCGAAGGAUGUAAUGAUGGGUAUUAUUUAAGUGAAGAAAGUUGUUUGACGUGUUCGAAGAAUUGCAAAGUAUGUGAAGACCAAACCAAGUGCGUAAAAUGCGCUGUUGAAAAUUUCUUUGAAGAAACUCCUGUUGAUGGAACAUGUGUGUGCAUUGAAGGAUAUGUUUACGACACAAAAACUCAGACUUGCGAUCCAUGCAAAGACAAAUUGAAUGAAUUCUGUUCUUUGUGUAGUACAGAAAAAUGCUCUGUGUGUAAUGCAGAGUACCUUGAAGCCAAAGAAAAAGAUUGUGUAUGCAAAGAAGGUUAUUACACGACAUCAUGGGAAGCUUGUGUGCCGUGCGACAGACAUAUCAAUGGAUGCGUACUUUGUGAUGGAAAAGACUCAUGCAGUAAAUGCAAAGAUGGGUAUACACUUAAUAAAACUUCGGGAAAGUGUAAUGGAGCAAUUAAAAUGGUAAUUAUUAUGGUGACUAUUGCUCUUGCACUUUUGUUCUAA